GCAUGCGCCCCUCUGCCGGCAGCUGGAGCGCUGGGCACCCUCGGCCCUUGGAGUUGCCCAAGACGCCGGGUGACUCCUCCCCGGGGACCCUCCCCUUCUGGGGUGCGUCAUUCUCCCUACCCCCGGGUCUCGACCCCGACGGCUUCUCGCUCGCGGGCCACGCCGGAGAUAAGUCUCAGCCACCUGCUCUGGAGAGGAGGAGCCGGGGGCGCCCGUCCGCGCCCGCCCGCGCCCGCGCCCGCGCCCGAAUCGGUGCGUGAGCCCAGGGCCCCAUGGAGCCGUCGGUCAACAAUGUCAGCUGCGAGAACGGUUCCCUGCUCACCCUAUACUGCUCCUCCCAACAAGUCCUGUGUCAGAUUGUUGGUGACCUCAGCCCCCAGGUACUCAGCAAUGUCACCUCUACCAGCUGGCAGGAGAGGUUCAGGAAGAACUACAGCUUCUACGUCGGCCUGGGUCUGGCCUUCCUGUCCAGCUUCCUCAUCGGCAGCAGCGUCAUCCUCAAGAAGAAAGGCCUCCUGCGACUGGUGGCCUCGGGGGCCACACGGGCUGUGGACGGAGGCUUUGGCUACCUGAAAGAUGCAAUGUGGUGGGCUGGAUUUCUCACCAUGGCUGCUGGAGAAAUUGCCAACUUUGGGGCCUACGCAUUUGCUCCUGCGACAGUCAUCACACCUCUGGGAGCGCUGAGUGUCCUCAUAAGUGCCAUCCUUUCCUCGUAUUUUCUGGGAGAGAGUCUGAAUCUGCUGGGAAAGCUGGGCUGUGUGAUCUGUGUGGCUGGCAGCACAGUGAUGGUGAUACAUGCCCCUGAGGAAGAGAAGAUCACCACUGUCGUUGAGAUGGCUGCCAAGAUGAAAGACACAGGGUACAUCGUGUUCGCUGUGCUUCUGCUGGUGUUCUGCCUCAUCCUCAUCUUCGUCAUCGCCCCGCGUUAUGGCCAGAGGAAUAUCCUCGUUUACAUCGUCAUCUGCUCUGUGAUCGGCGCCUUCUCUGUGUCUGCCGUCAAGGGUCUGGGCAUCACCAUUAAGAACUUCUUCCAGGGGUUGCCGGUGGUGCACCAUCCCCUGCCCUACAUCCUGUCCCUCAUCCUGGCACUUUCGCUCAGCACGCAGGUCAACUUCCUCAACAGAGCACUGGACAUUUUUAAUACCUCCCUGGUGUUCCCCAUCUACUACGUGUUCUUCACCACGAUCGUGGUCACCUCUUCCAUCAUCCUCUUCAAGGAGUGGCGCAGCAUGUCUGCUGUGGACAUCGUGGGCACCCUUUCUGGCUUUGUCACUGUCAUCCUGGGUGUGUUCAUGCUUCACGCUUUCAUAGACCUGGACAUCAGCCGGACCAACUUGCCCCACAUGCACAAAAACCCGCCCCCCACUCCUGCCCCAGAGCCCUCUGUCAUUAGACUAGAAGACAAGAAUGACCUUGUGAACAAUAUAGGACUCUCCAGUACCCCAUCGCCAGAAGUAAAGCCCAAAGUAUUUAUAAUCCAUUCUUAAAGCUUGGAAUACAUGAGCAAGAGGACGGGCCCUAUGGGACAGCCUGACGUCCCCGUCUCAGAGCCACCUGGUUAUUUUCAGCACAACUGUUACCAAUGGGCCCUCUUUUCUGAGAUGUUCAUUUAUACCUCAUCACUGUCUCCAGGAGAAAAAUCCCUACCCAGGGAGUGGUGGUGGCAGAACUUCCUGGAAACAACCUCAGUGACCAAAAUCCCCUACUUCCAUCAUUGCCAGCAGGUCCCUCGGACCUCCCUUCUCACUUGUUUCCUUGGUGCCAUCUCUGUUGUUGGGAACAAGAUAGACUUUGACCCGUUGAAUGUAGCAUGAUCUAAGAACUUCCUGAGAUGUUGGUCGUCAGGAAAUCCUUAGCAUUAGUUCUCCUGAGAUUGACUUGCCAUUCCUUAGCCCAAGGAUGAAGUGAAGCUGGCUCCCUGAGGUGCAGAAAGCAAUUCGCCAUGCCUCUCCAUCCAGAGCUGACAGACACAGCUAGUGAAAAAUGUCUGGCUGCUUUUGCCACUUCCUCUUCAGAGACAGAAGCAAGACCUGAGCUGACCUUCUUACUGUGAAAGCCACCUGAUUGUCUCAGGGAACCAUUUCCACCACCGUCCCCACUCCCCAGGCACUCCAGCCCUGAGGUCAGCAUCUUUGUUCCCCUCACUCCGCCCCCAUGCCGACCCCUUCCCUCUCUAUAUUCAUACAAGGAGUCAGUCGCUGAGACAUCUGGGCAAUUAUCUCAGAACUCAAAACGAGAGCAACCACAACAAAAAUUGCUUCGCAGCCAAGCUCUGCUGGCCAAACCCAGUAUUUCAUUUUGCCUAACUCUGGAAAGAGAACAGCAGUUGCACUGCUGUAAAAAGUACCCUGUCUGUCAAGCUAGAAUUUGGCAGAACGCACUUUCUUUUUCCUCAAGGAGUAAAGCAAAAUAUGACUUGGAGAGGUGGGGAAAGGGAAGAACAAAGUCAGAAUUUGGCAGGAAGCAGCCCGAUGUGGCUAACUUUUGUGUUUACUCUGGUUCCCAACCAACACUCCAGGUGGAGAGGGUUCUGGGUAAUUGCUGGGCUCCAGCCUUAGAGGCUCGGCCAGUGAAACCACUUUUGGAUUUCAGCGACCACCAAGUAGAGUGUCGGCUUGGCACAGAUGCCUUCUGGCUGCUGACCAGAUGGCCCCCAAAUCCCCAGCUGAUGUGCUGCCCACCUUGGGAAGCAGCGUGUCAUGAUGCUCCAGCACCACCUGCUUUGGGGACCGCCUUUGGUCCCUUCACAUUUGGCCAGAGGCAUUCAAAAAACAAGAGCAGCUGGAGAGAAAGAUAACUGAUACCUUUCCCUUCCUGUCUUCUUUCUAGCUGCAGGAGUGUGGGAAUUGGUGCAAGCACCAUUGAAAGGGAAAUAAGGGAGCCAGUCUCUCUGUAAAAAGGGAAGUCUUGAUCCUCAGCCCCCAAGUUGGUGCCAUGCUUCCCCUGUGUAACGCCAUACCUGCCCCUGUGUUUACGUCCCAUGUUCUAAGCGCAGCCAAACCCAGGCCAAACGUGCUGGCCUUGAAGCUCCAAAGGUUCAGCUGACCAACAGUCCGGCUUCCUGCACCUCCAGCCUCAAAUCCCCAGUGUUUAAUGAAUGUGGAUUUGUCUGUAACUAAAAUGAACGCGGCACUUUGGGUCUUGAGAAUGGCAGCAAUCUGAGGGGCCUGAGAGUGUGGUCUGCAAGGUCGAGAAUAAAGACCUUCGAGUGUG